CACACAAGUGCUUUCUCCUUUCAGACCACAGUUACUGCUAGUCAGUUUCAACUUCACGAUGCCAUCACUUAAGACAUCUUCACUCCUCGGUUUCGCAACUUCAGCCGCGCGAGUCGCCGCUCACGGCCAUGUGGACUGGCUCGUAACAAAUGGCGUUGCUUUUCGCGGUUACUCUGCCCCGGAGAUGAGCUGGAACCCCAAUCAUCCUCCUGUCGUCGGUUGGACCAAUGGUGCCACUGAUAACGGCUAUGUUGAGCCCAAUUCCUUCGCAGACCCCGAUAUCAUCUGCCACAGGGCUGCUCGACCUGGCAAAGGUCACGUAAGUGUUGCAGCAGGCGACAAGAUUACUCUUCAAUGGAAUACUUGGCCAGAGAGUCACAAGGGCCCAGUGAUUGAUUAUCUUGCGAGAUGUCCUGGAGACUGCGAGAGUGUUGACAAGAACGAUCUUGAGUUCUUCAAGAUUGGUCAAGAAGGUCUCAUCGAUAUGUCGAUGCACAGCGGCAAGUGGGCAGCUGACGUUCUUGUGGCUACUGGCUUCUCUUGGACGCUUCAGAUUCCAGAAGCGCUGGCUCCGGGCAACUAUGUCCUUCGCCACGAGAUUAUUGCUCUUCACGGCUCUGGUCAGCCUAACGGAGCGCAAAACUACCCUCAAUGCUUCAACCUCAAAGUCACUGGUGACGGAGACUUGGCUCCAGAUGGCGUCAAGGGUACUCAGCUUUACAAGGCCAACGAUCCUGGUAUUCUCUUCAACCUCUACACGACACCUUUGUCCUAUAAGAUCCCCGGUCCUACACUGGUGCCUGGUCUCCCGUCUACAGUCUCUCAGCGCGUUGUCGCCGCAACUGCAACCUCAAGUGCAACUGUGCCAGGACAGACCCAAGCUAGCAUGAGCAGUAAAUCAUCUUCGUCAACAUCGAAAGGAAGCUCUACAUCGGCCAGCACCGCUGUUGGAGGAGACACAACACUCAAGACUUCAACAACAAGCCGGUCUUCUUCGUCCAGCACAACGAAGGACACGCCACAGCCCACAGAAGACGACGAUAUCAUCUGCGGUCCUGCAACAGGAGGUCUUCCCAAGUACAGCCAAUGUGGAGGAAAGGACUACACAGGCCCGACAGUCUGUCAGUGGGGAUCAAGUUGUAAGGUUCUCAAUCCUUAUUACUCGCAAUGUCUUUGAUUAGAUUGUCUCUGCGCCGGAUUGCAGGAGACUCGAUUCCUUCAUUGAAGUUGUCGCACAUUUUGAUGAAGUUCGGUAGCGCCUGUGGAUGCCUGUUGCAAGACUCCUGCAGCUUUUAUUGGCUAGAAAACCGGGGCUAUCCACUUCAGUCUGUAGGACGAGGCUUUAAAGCCGUCUCAUUCCCAGUUGACCAAUUACCAAGCAUCAAUUUGGUCGCUUGACCCCACAGGCGCUACCGAAUUACAUGACUUCCUACGGUAGCCAUACCUUUUUUGUGUGGAAUUUCAACUUCAGCUUUAACGUUAUGUAAUGAUAUUUUUUCUUACUGGCUCGAUUUCGAAGCGCGACAUGAUUCAUGAAUGAACAAGAGCCGUUCGAAGGCUUCAUUAUAGUGCACCUUGGGAAUUAUCCUACAGUUGAAAAGGUCAUAGAACCUUUACCCUACUGUAUGAUGAUUUUGGAAGAAUUGUGACGAAUUUAAGAAUCCUCCGGCAGUACCGGCAGCAUCAGAUCAUGAUUC